AUGUCUGUUGGGGUGAAGGCUGCAGUCGCCUGUUUUGCCAGGAUCUCACCUCUGCGAUUCUGCCGUCCGCAGCAGCAGUGCCUGUUAAGCAGGACUCUGUGUUCCUAUAAGCAUGGCUUAUUGACAGCACCUUCUGGGAUAGUCCGGUGGAGCAGCUCAUCCACCCUGCAAGAAGAGUGCAGCCCAGACCAGAUACACCUCAGCAAGGCAUGUGUGAAGAGGCUGCGUGAAAUAUGUGACGUGGGAGAAUUCCUCCGAGUGCAGGUGGAAGGUGGAGGCUGCUCAGGGUUUCAGUAUAAGUAUUCUGUGGACACCAUUAAAAACGAAGAUGACAGGGUGUUUGAGCAGGACGGGGUGGGAGUCGUCGUUGACCGGGACAGUCUGGAGUUCAUAAAAGGGGGGACUCUGGAUUUCAGCCAGGAAUUGAUCCGCUCUGCCUUCCAGAUCGUCGGCAACCCGCAGGCUGAGCAGGGCUGUUCCUGCGGCUCCUCCUUCUCUGUCAAACUCUGAGCAGGAGCGCUUCAAGCGUCCCUGCUCCUUCUAGACACUGUUGCCAUCCACGCAUGCUCAUAACUUGCUGGCUGUAGUUAAGAAAAGGCAAGGUAGCCAAACACUGACACAUGGAAAAUAAAUAGAACUGUCAGCCACAGGUUCAAGGAAACUCUUUCAAUUCAUUGGGUUUGAACUUCAUUAAACAUUUAAAUUCACAUCAGAGUAUACUGAAGUCCAUUUUAUGCCUACCUGAUGUUCAAUAUUCUGUUUGCAAAAAUGUAUUCAUAAAUGCAAACUUGCAGUGGCAACAAAAUAGCCAAGAGAAACCAGCUGGGUUUCAGCAGUAAACACUGGACACGAGUGGCUCCAACUGAUAGAAUGCAAAUAAUGGUGCAUUGUGAAGUAGCCCAUUGUGAGCGGUGAAGAGGGCUCCCCUUUGAUUCUCAAAGUUUGCAUGGCUGGUUUGCGUUUCACAGCCCCUGAUUGGCACUAGGCUUGGAUUACCUUGGCUAAGAUAACAUUUGCUAGUUCAAGGUGUUUUGCUAACCAGGGAUUGUGAACCCAGCUUGUUUAUUAUCAGCCCGAUAGCUGAGGUAGGGAGUGUGUAUCGGAGGAAGGUGUUUUAUGGGACUGUACAGAUUGGGGUCUUUUCAACACAAGUGUCUCUUGGAAUGCCAGUACUGUUGACACAUUAAAGCCAUUUGCUCAAUUAAAAGUACUUUAAACGUUUUGUUACUUACUAAUGUUUAAGUUGUUUUCUGUCUGCAGCUGCAUUUUAAGUCCUGUAUUACAAUCCAAACUAUGAAAAUCAAGAUCUCGUUUCAAUGAGAUGCACAGGUCCGCUUUAAAUUCCUCAAGUGAACUGCUACUGUUGACUAAAUAUAUAAUACAUUAGAUGUUUUGUUCUGUAGAAUGUAAAAAAAAGUAAUUUUUGAAAAAUAAAGGAGUGUAUUGGAUGGUUUUGGUUG